AUGGCUUCCUUCUACGCCAAGCGCGGCGACUUUGACACGGCCAUUCAGGCCUGGCAAGAUGCCAAAAAGGCAUGCGAAGCCAUCGACGAAUGGUCCAAGAUGAUGGGAGUCAGGCUGUUGGAACAACUGGGGGCCCUUCAUGCUGAGCAGGCUGCCCGAGCAGCAGAAUUGGAGGCACUGCAGUCAGCUGCCGCGCAGAGGGAAGUGUUGGAGAAGGUGACGGGAGCUCUAGCCUCGAAGCUCUUUGCAAGGAUCGCUGAACUACAGCUGGAGAUGGGGAACAGCAGUGAGUCCGAGCGAUUCCAGGAGAAGGCCGCUGCAGCCCUCAAGAAGAUGGCCAACAUCGAUGAAGUCGAAGGGGAGACCAUGAGUGCUGAGGUGGUGCUCGCCACCUGCAUGCAGCUGCACACAGCUCUUCAGGCUCUCAACACCGCAGGCGAAGAUGCCGUUCUGAUCCGAGAGGCGAGCACGAGCAGUUCGUCAGUGGAACAAACAGGGCUCUAA